AGCAAAAGGAGAAAUUCCGGUUGCUCGAAGUGGUCACACUGCUCAGGGCAAACUCCGUUCUAAUCCUUUUUGGGGGUGAAACUGCGAAAAAGAAGAAACUGAACGACCUACAUAUGUUUGAUUUGAAAUCAGCGACAUGGCUUACACUUCAGUGCACAGGAGCAAGACUGUCUCCGAGAUCCAAUCAUGUGGCAACUCUUUAUGAUGAUAAAACCCUUCUCGUAUUUGGUGGAGCAUCAAAGUCCAGGACAUUGAACGACUUGUACUCACUUGACUUUGAAACGAUGGUAUGGUCAAGAAUAAAAAUACGUGGCUUUCAUCCAUCGCCUAGAGCUGGUUGCUGUGGAGUUCUGUGUGGAACAAAAUGGUACAUAGCAGGGGGUGGAAGUAGGAAAAAAAGACAUACAGAGACUUUCAUCUAUGAUGUACUAAAGUCCGAGUGGUCUGUUGCUGUUGCGUCACCUCCAUCUUCGAUCACCACUAACAAGGGGUUUAGCCUAGUACUCGUGCAGCAUAAGGAUAAGGAUUUUCUCGUUGCAUUCGGUGGAUACAGGAAGGAACCUUCAAAUCAGGUUGAAGUACUCAUCACGAAAGAAUGAAUCAUCCAUGGGCCGGCAAUCAAAUCUCGGUAAAUGUGCGGGAAAACGUUCAUCAUCUGUGGAGUCUGCUAGCCAACCUACUAAUGGUUCUGCUAACCGUUCAGUUGAUUGGGCUGCUAGACAAAAUCUAGCCGCUGUAAUCGAACAUGGUUCUGGUAGGAGAUCAAUGUCGGAUUUGUCGCUUGUGGAUCAAAAUCCUCUUUCCGGAAAUGUCUCAUUACGGAAGCAAUUUCUUAGUGAGGAAGAACACAACACGAGUGUUGAAUGAAAGAGUUCAGAGGACUUAAGUUCCAUCCUGCAGGCAACAGAACGAAAACCAAAUCAAUCUGAUGCUGGAGUUCCGAUUAAUGCUCCUGGGACCAAAUUCUGUUCAGACGAAUCAUUCCUAUAUGAAUGCGAGAGUUCAAAUCCGCAGGCUGAAGGGAUCACAAACAUUACUGUUGGUAACGAUAAUUUCGUAUUUCCGGACGUGGAAGGUAAAUCAGGAGCCCUAUCAGCACCAUCAAGCAUAUAUCAAUUUUACGAGACGAGAAUGGCUGCUCUGAGUAGAAAAAACGGGAUUUUAGAAGUACAGUUGGCAGCUGCAUUGGCGAGCCGAGACAGCGUGGAGAGGAAUUUAGGUUCGGCUUUGAAGAGCAAAGAGGAGAUGGAGAAAAGACUUGCAGACACAGUGAAGGAGAUGGACUUGCUAAAGGAGAAACUAUCUAGCAUAGAACUUGCACAAGAUGCCAACAACUU